AUGUACCAUGUGCGGAGGAAUUAUGAUUUUUAUUAUCAUACACAGAAGCUUCCGGUUGAAACUGUUACUUUCUAUGGCAGAAGCGAACUAAUGGAACUUUCCAACACGCGUAGGUUGGAGGCCAUUCAACUUCUCGAAGCCUAUGGAAAUGACACCCGGAAUCUCCCUAAAGACAACGAGAACUGUCACGACUGGACCGUUAAAGCUUUGGGGUUGCUCGAGGCAGCAAAGCUUGCUCCUAUAGGAACAGAGAAGUAUUGGAAGCGCCUAAUUGGCAAAGGUCCUAUCAGCAUUGGCAGGCAGCUUAUUGAAGAUGGGAAGCCUUGGGUGCGGAAGCCGAUCAUGCAGCCAGCACGGGAGUUGCCAGCCGAUGCGACGUUUGGUAGGACUGAAGAGAGCAGGCCCAUUGGCAGGCUAGAUCUCCAGAACUACACCCAUCUCAUGGGUGGUGUCAAAAAGAAAUAG